CCUAAAUUUUACAAAAGCAGUACCCUUAGAAUGUUCAGUAAUUUUAUCCAUAACAACCAAAGCAUAAUAAAUCGGACCAUAUUGACUCAUGCACAAUUUAACAUCUUCAUUUGUGGCAGCAAAUGGAACAUUUUUAAUGAAUACUGUUUUUCCUUCAUUGACAUCAUUUGAAAUCACUUUAGGUUUUAUUUCUUCAACGUCAUCAUUUUCUUCUUUAAUAUCAUCAUCAUCGUCUAAAUUUUCAUCUUCGCUGUUACUUUCAUUUUCUGAAUCCAGAUCCAGAGGCUUUGUAUCUUCAUCUAUGUCAAUUUUUUCUUUAAUUUCUUCUGCUUCUUUUAUUUCCACAUCCUCUUGUUUUAUCUCAGUUUUAACUUCCUUUUCUUUUUUCAAUUUUUGCUUCUUAAACUUAUCUUUCGACAAAGCAAAAUCAACGAGUAUAUUUCUCCCCAAAAACGGUUGGUGGUUGGUAUAAUGUUUGGCUUUGGCCGCUUUUUGCACAAAAGCAAACUGCACAAACCCGCAACCAACCAACUUUCCAUCUGGUUUUCUUAACAGUUUGACACUUUUAAUUUCGCCGUAUUUUUCAAAGUGUUCUUUCAGAUUCUCUUCUGUCGCUUUAAACGGCAGGUUUUUCACCAUCAAGCGGGCUCGUUUCUCUUUUAAAACUUGUUUCGAUUGCUUUUUUCGCUGUCUUAGCACUUCCUUUACUGCCUCGUUUUUAGGCGGUUUGGCUACAAAAAAACAUCAUUUUAAUGAUUUAAAUGUUACUUGUUGAAAAGUAAAUUGUUACUCACUAUUUUCUUCCAUUUUACUGCACACAAUUCGCUUGAAAACGUCGGUUUAGGCACGUGUACAAUCAAAACAAACUGAGGUUAUGAGGUCUGUCACACUUUGGUGGUUAUGUUGGCCAUAACCUAAUUAUUUGUUUUCUUGCAGAUGUCAAAAUCGGCGCAUCUAGGGAAAAAGAAUUUUAAUCGAUAAGUUUAAUUUAUACGCGAAAUUAAUUUUCAUAACCGGUUUAUAACAGAACAAAGGACAUUUUGUUUAGAGGAUUUACUUUUUCUAUGAUUUACUAUAGACUUUAUUAACCUUAAAGUUAUUGUGCUAUUUGUCGAACACGUGCGUAUGUUUUCUGGUGGGAUUAUUUGAAUAACAUGGCUGAAGAAGCAGACGUACCCCCAUUGGCUGAUAUCUCUUGCGGGCAAGAAGAUGACGACUCCGAUGGUUGGGACGAAAUGGAGGUUUCAGGGGAACAAACUGCGUGUCUAUUUUGCUCGAAAUCAUUUUUGACGAUAGCUGUGGCUUUAGAUCACUGCCGAACUGAACACAACUUCGAUUUGCUUACGUUGAAGAAAAAAUACAACAUGGAUUGUUAUUCCUACAUCAAAAUGAUAAAUUAUAUUAGAUUGCAACAACCUGAUCCCAAAAUAUUAACUGAAUCCAGUGUGGCUUUGUGGGACGAUGAUGCUUAUUUGAAAACCGGAACGGUUGAGCCAUGGCUAAUGUAUGAUUUUGACGACCUCGGUACAGCCCCUUCUACACCGCACUACGCUAUAGAUGGAAAACCCCCUUUAAGCAAUAUGAACUUCUCUGAUUUGCAAGUACAAAUUCAACAUUUGAAUAUGCAGUUGAGACAAAAAGACACCCUGCUGGAAAACGCCAUGAAAGAUAUGCAAAAAAUGAAGGAAGUAACCAGGACAAUCGUGGAAAGUGGCGAUGCCAACCUAAAAAAAAUCCCCCACAAUGUGAUAAACUUACCUGCGGGCAGUGACGGCGAAUAUUUCAACUCCUACUCUCAUUUCGGCAUACACCAUGAGAUGUUGGACGAUAAAGUUAGAACGUUCAGUUAUAGAGACGCCAUAUUAAAUAAUUCGGAAGUUUUUAAAGGCAAAGAAGUAUUGGAUCUCGGUUGCGGUACGGGGAUUUUAUCGAUGUUUUCCGCAAAGUCCGGGGCUUCCCGGGUUUUUGGAAUCGACCAAUCCGAAGUUAUUUACAAGGCCAUGGACAUAAUAAGAGAAAAUAACUUGCAAGACACAAUACAGCUAAUAAAAGGGAAACUUGAGCAAAUAAAUCUACCGGUGGAAAAAGUGGACAUAAUCGUUUCCGAAUGGAUGGGAUAUUUCUUGCUGUUUGAGGGAAUGUUGGACAGUUUUAUUUACGCUAGAGAUAAAUACUUAAAGGAAGGCGGACAUCUUCUACCGAACCGUUGCAACAUCAGUGUAGUCGGAAUAUCCGACACAAAGAGAUAUGACAACGUUGUAAACUUUUGGGACGACGUGUACGGUUUCUCGAUGAGAUGCAUGAAAAACGACGUCAUUUCCGAAGCGUUCGUGGAAGUGGUACCGAGCGAUACAAUUUUCACAAAUUCGGUAGUGGUGACGGACAUCGACUUGACGAGAUGCGACACCACCGCUUGCGAGUUCACGUCGAAGUUCAACUUGACAGCCAACUCGGACGGUACUUUGACGGCAUUGGCCGGGUAUUUUGACACCUUUUUCGAGCUGCCGAAUACGGUGGAAUUUUCCACCGGGCCACAUGCUACCAAGACGCACUGGCAGCAGACGGUUUUUUAUCUGAAGGAAACAGUCGAAUUAAAAAGAGGUGAAUCUAUAGAGUGCAAAUUAUCGUGCACAAGAUUCAAGAAGAACGUUCGCGGGCUGACGGUAACAAUAACAAUAGGAAAUAACUCGUACCAAUAUUUGUUGGCUUAAAAAAAGUAUACCUAUUUCUGAUUUGUUUUUAUAAAAAUUAAAAAAUAUAAUACAACCAGUACCUAAGAGCUAAAUUUUAAUAAUUUAUUAUCUUUUAACUAUCUAAACAAAAUGCACAAAUUCCCGAUCCUAGAAUCCGUUGUUUCGAACUCUGAAAACUUGGUUCAAGGGGUUGUACGGACUUUUUUGCGUCGUACUGUAGUAAGGAACUCUUCGGUUGUAGUCGGACUGCACGUCGGCGCGCAGGAUGA